UAAGAAACGUAAACAAACGUGCACAUUGCAUCUCAUCACGCUCGUCCCCGUUUUGUGUGCUCCCAAAUACCAUUCAUUUCGGUAUUUUGCCAUUAUUAUUAUUAUACCAUUCCAGAGUUUGUAAACAUAUUUCCGUGCAUUUCGCGUCUACAAGACCCCCAAAAUGACACGAGAAGGCUCAAAAACUAAGCUUUCGAGGCAUCUUCUGGAUAUGAAGUUUAUGCAAAAGAGCAAAGAAAAAGCCGAAAAGGAUGCAGAAGCAGAAGAAGAGCAAGCAUUAUUUAGCAGCCAAAUAACAGACAAAAUGAAAAAGAGCGGAAUAGAAUAUGUCUUUGAAGAAAGCUACGUACCAUGCGUAGGACUUCUUCAAGGGAGAAUGUCUUUUAAAGGACGCAACCCAGAAAUUGAGCGGCUCAUGCGAGAAAAUGAAAUUAAUGACCCGGCGUAUUCCAAGAUGGGCGGAAUCACAGACGAGGAAAUGGCAUCGAGGUACUCCACACUUGUAGGCAGUAUGGCUAAAAAGUUCCAAAAGAAACGACAACGACCUGAAAUGACUCCCUCGAGUAAAAAGGAUUCCCAACGGCCAGCAAAGACGAGGAAGUUCAUGAAGCCAUCUGAUGACGCAUAAUUUCCAUUGUGGAGUCCUAAACCUUGACAUGUAUGUCACACAGGCAUACUAAGCACAAACAUAGUAUUUUUCAUUAAGAACAUGCGUGCAAACGGAUGGAUUAAUAAAACUGUGUGCUUUCCAAAAAGGAAUGCCUUCAGCUGCUGA